GCGGGGGCCGUUCUAUGGCGACCGGGGCGAGCGCGGCCCAGCCCGGCCCCGCUCCCGUCCCCGCCGCCCCCCGCGCCCCCAUGGCCGCCGCCGCUUUCCCUUUCGCGGCUCUGCCGCCUCCUCCGCCUCCUCCUCCGCCGCCUCCGCCACCUCCGCAGCCGCAGCCACCGGCGCAGCCUCCGCCGCCGCCGCCUCCGCCUUCGCAGGCCCCGGGCGGCCCCGCGGCCCCGCAGCCUCCGGGCGGCCCCGCGGCCCCUCAGCCGCCGCCCGCCGCUCCCUACGGGCAGUUCCGCUUCCCGUCGCCGCCGCCCGGCCAUGACCCGCCCGCGGCCCCCGCGGGGGCUCCGCCGGCCGCCCCCGCCGCCCCCCCCCAGCCCGCGGGGGCUCCGCAGCAGCCGCGGCCCGAGGAGGGCGCGGGGGGCGCGGGCACCGGGCCGGGAGAUGCGGGGGGACGGGCGGGAGCCGCGCACAAGCCCCGGAGGGCAGAUUUCCCGCGGAAGCGGAAGCGCAGCCGCUGGAACCAGGACUCGCUGGAGCAGAAGACGGUGAUCCCGGGGAUGCCCACGGUGAUCCCGCCCGGGCUGACGCGCGAGCAGGAGCGCGCCUACAUCGUGCAACUGCAGAUCGAAGACCUGACCCGCAAACUGCGCACGGGAGACCUGGGCAUCCCCCCUAACCCCGAGGACAGGUCCCCCUCCCCGGAGCCCAUCUACAACAGCGAGGGGAAGCGCCUGAACACGCGCGAGUUCCGCACGCGCAAGAAGCUGGAGGAGGAGAGGCACAACCUCAUCACCGAGAUGGUGGCCCUGAACCCCGACUUCAAACCCCCAGCUGACUACAAGCCGCCAGCAACGCGGGUGAGCGACAAGGUGAUGAUCCCGCAGGAUGAGUACCCCGAGAUCAACUUUGUGGGGCUCCUCAUCGGGCCCAGGGGGAACACCCUGAAGAACAUCGAGAAGGAGUGCAAUGCCAAGAUCAUGAUCAGGGGCAAGGGCUCGGUCAAGGAGGGCAAGGUUGGCCGCAAGGACGGGCAGAUGCUGCCGGGCGAGGACGAGCCCCUGCACGCCCUCGUCACCGCCAACACCAUGGAGAACGUCAAGAAAGCCGUGGAGCAGAUCAGGAACAUCCUGAAGCAGGGCAUCGAGACCCCCGAGGACCAGAACGACCUGCGCAAGAUGCAGCUGCGGGAGCUGGCGCGGCUCAACGGGACCCUGCGGGAGGAUGACAAUCGCAUCCUGAGGCCGUGGCAGAGCACCGAGACUCGCAGCAUCACCAACACCACGGUGUGCACCAAGUGCGGCGGCGCCGGGCACAUCGCCUCCGACUGCAAGUUUGCCAGGCCUGGGGACCCCCAGUCUGCCCAGGACAAGGCUCGGAUGGACAAGGAGUACCUGUCCCUGAUGGCCGAGCUGGGCGAGGCCCCGGUGUCCGUGAGCUCCAACGCCGCCCACAACAACAGCCCCUUGUCCAGCAGCCACCGUGCAGCCAGCCAGGCUGGGGGCCAGCCCCCCCCGAGCCGCCCCCCCUGGAUGAGCUCGGCCCCCUCGGAGAGCCGUCCCUACCACGGCCUGCACGGGGGUCCCGGGGGUCCCCACAGCUUCCCGCACCCCAUGGCUGGCAUGGGCGGGGGGCACGGGGGGCACCCCCUGCAGCACACCCCCAAUGGGCCCCCCCCGUGGAUGCAGCCCCACCACCCCCCCAUGGGCGGGGGGCCGCACCCCCCCGGGCACCCCGGGCCCCACCACAUGGAUCAGUACCUGGGAAAUGCGCCGGUGGGCUCUGGGGUCUAUCGCCUGCACCAGGGAAAAGGUAUGAUGCCGCCGCCGCUGGGUAUGCUGCCCCCGCCGCCCCCCCCGCCCGGUGGGCAGCCGCCCCCCCCCUCCGGGCCCCUCCCCCCCUGGCAGCAGCAGCCGCCGCCGCCCCCCAGCAGCAGCAGCACCCCCUUGCCCUGGCAGCAAAAUACGACGACCACCACGAGCGCUGGCAGCGCCUCCCUCCCUCCCUGGCAGCAGCAGGCGGGGGGGGGUGCGGCGGGGGGGGGGGCGGCUUCUUCGGGGGCCCCCCCGCUCCCCGGCAGCCCCUCCAUGGUGCCUUUGCCCCCCGGGGUUCAGCCCCCGCUGCCCCCCGGGGCGCCCCCGCCCCCCCCGCCGCCCCCUGGCUCCGGGGGGCUGAUGUACGCGCCCCCCCCGCCCCCGCCGCCCCCCCCCAUGGACCCUUCUAACUUCGUCACCAUGAUGGGCAUGGGGGUGCCCGCCCUGCCCCCCUUCGGCAUGCCCCCCGCGCCCCCCCCGCCGCCCCCCCAGAACUGAGCCAGCCUCGGGGACACUGCCGACCGCGCGGGGACCCCCCCCCUCGAAAAAUAACAUGGUGGGGAUCCCCCCCCUCAAAAAACACCAUCAGGGGAUCCCCUCCUCAAGGACUGAUUCAUUGUGGGGACCCCCCCUCAAAAACCACCAUCAGGAUCCCCCCCAGGACUGAUUCAUUGUGGGGACCCCCCCUUUCAAAAAAACAUUGUGGGGACCCCCCCUCAAAAAACACCAGGGGAUCCCCUCCUCAAGGACUGAUUCAUUGUGGGGACCCCUCCUCAAAACAUCAGGGGAUUCCCCCCUCUUUAGGACUGAUCCAUUGUGAGGACCCCCCUCCCCUCAGAAACACCAUGGGAUCCCCCCCCAGGACUGAUCCAUUACGGGGAUCUCCCCCAGGACUAAACCAUUGUGGAGACCCCCCCUCAAAAAAAAACCAUCAGGGGAUCCCCCCCCCUCGAGGACCGAUCCAUCAUAAGGAGCUCCCCCUCCCCAAAAAUCGAUGAGGAGCCCCCCCUAAAACACCACAGGGAGCCCCCCCAGAACUGAUGGAUUGUGGGGAGCCCCCCCCUGCCCGCCCCCCGUCCAAUGGGCUGUUCCAUCAGCGGGAGUUCCCUCCCCCCCCCC